UUUGGGAUUUGAAAAUGUUAAAUUAUUUAUUUUAUUUUGUGUGAGAAUUAAAAAAAUGUUGUAACGAUUAGAUGAGAUGAUAUGAGAUGAAAAUAGUUAUGAAAACAAACGAGGUCUUGUAAAUUGAUCUGUGUUUUAUUCGUGAGAAAACUGAAUAUUUUAGGUUGUAGUUCAGGAAAUGUUAUAGUAUUUUCUCAAUGAAGUAGAGUGAAAAAUUGUGAACCAACACAUUAGAUAUAUUAAUGUUGCUGUUUUUGUAAUUUAUAAAGAGAAGAGCUUCAUACUCAUGUAAUUCUGAACUCUCCAGUCUCCAUUAACAGCUAACAAAGGCUUUAGGGAUGAUAAUUUUUGCGGCUCAAGAUCAAAUCCAUUUACGAUUCUAGUUUUUUUCUCAGGCACAGAAGUUCUAGAAUGAAACAGCGAUCUAGGACAGUUUUUGAGCGCAGGAGAAAAGAUCUAGCAGCCCCUGCAAAGCCCGAGGAAGUUUCUGUAUAUUAUACUACAAAGGAGAAGACUCCUGAGAUAAAUGUGCAAAGCCAAGAGCCACGUAGCACAACCAGUAACAGUAACACCUACUCUGAUCAUGUCAAGCCAGCCAGCAGAAAAGAGAGCCCAACCUUGACUACAGGUAGUAGUACUAGUACUUCCUCUGGUGUAAAGCCCUCCAGCCAAACCGAGAGCUCAAAUUUCUCUCUAUCCCCAGACGUGUUCUCUUUUAAUCAAAUGAUUUCACCAAAGACACAAGAUCAUCCUAAUGCAAGCAACAUUAACAUGAUCAAGAACCUGCCCCCACCACCCACCACCAGAUCACACAUCGCCAAUUACAUUAAAUUAGAUAAUGGCAACAGGUUCAGGUCAAAUCAUGUCCAAAGGUCUGAAUCGACUAGAGAUUUCAGAAAAACAGGCCGAAAGGAAUCAUUUUGA